AUCUUCUCUUCGACCAAGUGCAGAGAACUGUCCACCCAUCAAUACAGUCUGUACGGCCAGCUGGCAACUUGUGAUUGCGGUUAGAAAGUGGUGUUGCCUACAGCCGCCGAUCACGUCACCUUCCCUCCCAACAAGACGCAGCCUCGUCCGCACCUUCGCUCUCCUUCACCACCCACGCCUCCCUCUCGAUGGCGAACCGACUGGACACGAUGAAUCCCAGCGACACCACCAUGCCAUCUAUCAAUCAAGGCACUAAGAGUAGCACCUCCGCCCGACCUACGAACAACGGCAAUGUCGUCAAACGUCUUCAAUCCGAACUCAUGACUCUCAUGAUGUCUCCCACCCCCGGCAUCUCCGCCUUUCCCAGUGACACUGACAUCACUCGCUGGAACGCCACCAUCUCCGGCCCGUCUGGCACGCCAUACGAAACCCUGACGUUCAAACUCACCUUCUCCUACCCUCCGAACUACCCUUACGCCCCGCCAGAAGUGCUCUUCAAGACGCCCAUCUACCAUCCCAACGUCGAUAUGAGCGGGCGGAUAUGCCUUGACAUCCUGAAGCCCGCCGGACAAGGGAAAGAAGGGGCGUGGAGUGCGGUGUUGAAUACGGGCAGUGUGUUGUUGAGCAUCCAGAGUCUGCUCGGUGAGCCAAACAAUGCGUCACCCCUCAACGGCGAGGCUGCUUUGUUGUGGGAUCGCGACUUGACGGAGUACAAGAGGAAAGUCCUCGCCCGCCAUCAGGAGCCGAGUGAGCUGGACGGGGAGGGGAGCUGAGCUGGAGCGGGGGGGUGGGCAAAAUGACCUUGACGACAGUUGCUGGCUUGGGCCCGGUGACCUGACUCUGCAUAGCAAAUGGCGUUUCCUUGCUGAGCAUAUUGGAGGGCAUGGAUGAGCGUGGUGCCAUGCAGCUUGCCAGCCUGCUCGGACUUCCCCCACCUAGACAAACGUCAAGUCUAUUCACACCUUACCGUGAACUGGUCCUGAACAAGCACACAUCCUACUGGUGACGUGCUGCUUCAUGUCAUGCUCUCGACGCGUCCCGCCUUGUCCAGAAGUCUUGUAGCAUUCAUGCGCAGACAAGGCGCUCUCGGUCUGGGGAAUGAGGCAUGCACCGGGAUGGAGGUUGCACUAUAUCGUUGAUGUGGUUGGAAUUAUGCAAGCGCAGCGGAGCGCGUGUGCGGUUGGGGGAUGGGCAGCGAAAGCGGAAGCGGAGCUGAAGCCGGCGGACAUUGGUCCGACAGCGAUGGCAAUAAUUUGUAAUGUCCAAUCAACG